AUGAAAUCAUCAUUUUUAUUUUUAUUGAUUGUAUUCACUAUCGUCACGAUUAAUACAUCAGUUGUAAAUUCUUGGGCAGUUACACACACUUGUGAACCCUUUUAUGGAGUUUCUUCAUGCUCUAAAUGUCAAAAGGCACUCUGGCAAAAAUUUCAUCAACCUGACGAAUAUGCAUCAUCAAUUAAACUUGCAAAUAUAAUUCACAACCUCUUUGAGAAAAGCCAUAACACUAGUUUAUAUUUUGAUACCGUGAAAGAAGGAAUUAAAGACUUUUGUGCUAUACCAUCGGUGGCUGAUCCGGCACAUCUCCAAGGUCAUCUUCGCGAACUUGAAGCAGCCUGCCCAAAGGAAUUAAAGACUUCAAUUCCCAAUGCUCAGUUUUUUGUCGAUUCAGUAUAUGGCAGUAAAGAUACCACAUUCUUGGCUCAUUAUGUUUAUUAUGCAUUCUACUUUGGAAUUCCCGACAGAAAAGCCCUUUGCACACGUGACGGAAAUGGUGUCGAUAAAAGUAUUUAUAGUGUCAAUAAUGACAAUGAUGAGUUAAUUGAAAACCUGCUAAAUUUAUGUUUAAUAUUGACAUCAAUUUUAGGAUUAGCAUAA